UCGAGAACGCCUGAACGCGGGGCGCGCUGGAAACGCCUGAAUGCGGGGCGCGCUGGAAACGCGACUUGAUGACGCAGGCGUCGGCCGUCAGGAGCCAGCCCUGGAGCCAUUGAAGUGCGCACUCUUGACAGGCUGCUUGACGGGCUGCGGCGGCACCGGGUGUCCGUCUUGUCCGCGCUUGUCCGCGCUGAGAAGAGGCGGUGGCCCUGCCCGCGGUGGCAUGAAUACCUGGCAGCGUCGGGGCGCGUUCGAGUCGGGGACGGGGUCCGAGGAGGCCAGCUCUUCGCUCUCAGGAAUGAGACGCCGGGCCGCCCCUUCCCCUUCUGGAAGCUCGCCGUCCCUGCCGCCGCGGAAGCUGCUGGCCCUGCCUAACACACCCCCGACCAACGAGGACCUGACGAGGCUUUUCAAGUGUCGGGAAUGCUCGGACUUUGCGUUGCCGCCCAUCAUUCAGUGUGAGAGUGGCCAUCUUGUGUGCGGCAGCUGUCGCCCGAAACUCUCGCGCUGUCCAAUCUGCAGGAUCUAUUUGGGAUCGAUUCGCAACCUGGCGCUGGAGAACCUGGCGGAAUCCCUGCUGUUCCCGUGUAAAUACAUCGCUUCGGGGUGCGAGGUGACGCUGCGGCACACCGUGAAGGCAGACCAUGAAGAGAUGUGUCGGUUUAGGCCGUAUCCGUGCCCGUGCCCCGGUGCUGAGUGUAUCUGGCGAGGCCCUCUGGAUGCUAUGACAGCCCAUCUGUUGCAGCACCAUGACUCCCUGAAAACCCUGCACGGAGACGAGGUCCUUUUCCAAGCUACAGGCAUUAACCUUCCUGAUGCUGCUCCCUGGGUGAUGCUGCAGUCCUGUUUUGGCUAUUAUUUCAUUCUUGUUUUGGAGAAACAGGAGAACUACGACGGUCACCAGCAGUUCUUUGCCAUCGCACAGCUGAUAGGAACACGCGAGCAAGCUGAAAAAUUUACUUUUCGAUUUAAACUCAUAGGUGAGAUGCAGCGUUUGACCUGGGAAGGGACCCCGACAUCGAUUGAUGAGGGGAUCGCAGCAGCCAUUGCGAAGAACAACUGCCUCGUCUUUGAGACCAGCAUUGCGCAACUUUUUGCCAAAAAUGACAACUUGAACAUCAAGGGAACUGUUUCCAUGCAUUAAAAUGACCAUCAAAGAUUUUCUGGACAGUGUUGAAGACCAUUGUGUUGAGUUUCACAGCGAAUAAGGCAUCCAUCUGCCUGCCAAUGUUAAACUUUUGAGGGGUGGAAGCCAGACACAUAAAGAUGAAUAAAAGGAAAGGCUAUUAAAUACAGGAAACAGGGGCGCCUGGGUGGCUCAGUCGGUGGAGUG